AUAAUUAAAUCUCUGUGAAACUUGAUAAAACAAAAAGUCAAAAAAAUGAGGUUGGGAUCAAUAUUUGGGCAGUUGGGAACGUUGAUUGCAGGUUUGAUGUUCUUGAAAGCCAUCUUCGACCAAUACCUCCCUCGUCAGCUCAAGGCCUCGCUCGACAAAAACUCCCAAAAACUGCUGAAUUUGCUCUCCCCUUACAUCCAAAUCACCUUCAAUGAGUUCACCGGCGAGCGCUUCAAGCGCAGCGACGUCUACGCCGCCAUCGAGACCUACCUCAGCUCCACCUCCGCUGCUCAGGCGCGCCGCCUCAAGGCCGACUCCCUCCGCGACAGCGCCCGCCCCGUCUCCCUCAGCAUGGACGACAACGAGGAGGUCGCCGACGAGCACGCCGGCGUCAAGGUGUGGUGGUCCUCCGGCAUGCACAUCACCAAGAACCAGACGUUUUCCUUCCAGCCGAUGAACGACGAGAAGCGUUUCUACAACCUCCGGUUCCACAAAAAGCACAGGAACUUCAUCAUCGACACUUACCUCAACCACGUCAUGAAGGAAGGGAAGGCGAUCGAGGUGAGGAACCGUCGCCGGAAGCUCUACACCAACUCCGGCCCGGCGUGGACCCACGUCGCGUUCGAGCACCCGGCGACGUUCGAGACUCUGGCGAUGGAGCCGGCUAGGAAGCGGGAGGUGGUGGAGGACCUCUUGGCGUUCAGCAAGGGGGAGGCGUUUUAUAAUAAGAUCGGGCGGGCGUGGAAGCGGGGCUACCUCCUCUACGGCCCGCCCGGGACGGGGAAGUCCACCAUGAUCGCCGCCAUGGCGAACCUCCUGGGCUACGACGUCUACGACCUCGAGCUCACGGCGGUGAAGGACAACACGGAGCUAAAGAAGCUCCUGAUCGCGACCUCCAGCAGGGCGGUGAUCGUGAUCGAGGACAUCGACUGCUCUGUCGACCUCACGGGGCAGAGAGUGAAGAGGAGAGAGAAGGAGAAAGAGAAUGAGAAUAACCAGGUGCUGCAUAGGAUGGGAAUGGAGGAGAAUGAGGCGAAGAGCAGCAAAAUUACUCUUUCUGGGCUGCUGAAUUUCAUAGAUGGGCUGUGGUCUGCUUGUGGAGGAGAGAGAAUCAUUGUUUUCACGACCAACUAUGUGGAGAAGUUGGAUCCGGCGUUGAUAAGGAGAGGGAGGAUGGAUAAGCACAUCGAGCUGUCGUAUUGCAGCUUCGAAGGGUUUAAGGUUUUGGCAAAGAACUACGUUGGGGUGGAGUGGCAUGAGUUGUUUCCGAGGAUCGAGAGGUUGUUGGGAGAGGUGGAGAUGACGCCAGCAGAUGUGGCGGAGAAUUUGAUGCCGAGGAGCUUGGCUGGAGAUGCAGAGGAGUGCUUGGAGAGUCUGGUGAAGGCGCUCGAGGAUGAGCAGAAGAAGUCGAGCACCAACGAUGAUGAAACCACCUCUCCAGCGGAGAAGAUUAACGGGAUCCUCGUCUCCGGAGGAGAAGAUAGAUGGAAUGCGAUUUGAAACAGAGGAUUCCUCUGUCAAACCUUUUAUGAAACAGAGGAAUGAUCCCUUCUAAUUCUUGAUUUUUGUUUCAAAUUUGCUUUAUUUUAGAAAUAAAACUGCACUGAGUCGUGUUGUCUCGAAAAAACUGAAUCGAAUUCUUUUUUGUCAUUUUAA